GCCUGUGGGGCUGCACUCCGCCAGCCCCACCCUGGACGAGGACGAGGACGAGGACGAGGAGCCACCCCGCAUCCUGCUGUUCCCCGAACCACGCUCGUUUGAGGUCGGAAUGCUCGUCUGGCUUAAGUACCAGAAGUACCCCUUCUGGCCGGCGGUGGUCAAGAGUGUCAGGCGGCGAGAUAAGAAAGCCAGCGUGCUCUUCAUCGAGGGCCACAUGAACCCGAAGGGCCGAGGCAUCACCGUGUCUCUCAGGAGACUGAAGCACUUUGACUGUAAAGAGAAGCAGAGGCUUCUGAACGAAGCCAGGGCAGACUUUGGCCAGGCCAUCGGCUGGUGUGUCUCCCUCAUCACCGACUACAGGGUCCGGCUCGGCUGUGGGUCCUUCGCCGGCUCGUUCUUGGAGUAUUACGCGGCGGACAUAAGCUGCCCCGUCCGGAAGUCCAUCCAGCAGGAUGUCUCAGGGACCAAGUUCCCUCCGCUGAGCCAGGGGGACCCCGAGGAGCCUGCAGCGGGGCACUCCCCAGGGCAGUGGCAGCCCCACAGGAAGGUGCUCCCGGACCGCUCGCGGGCCGCCCGGGACCGGGCCAACCAGAAGCUGGUGGAGUACAUCGUGAAGGCGCGGGGGGCUGACAGCCACUUGCGCGCCAUCCUCGGGCGCCAGAAGCCCUCGCGCUGGCUCUCGACGUUCCUGAGCGCCGGCCAGCACGUGACCUGCGUGGAGACCUACCUGGAGGACGAGCGGCAGCUGGAUCUGGUGGUGCAGCACCUGCAGGGCGUGUGCCGGGAGGGCGGCUCGCAGAUGCUGGCGCGCCUUCGGGGCGACCGCGUCCGCUUCGUCCUGGACGUCCUCCUGCCCGAGGCCAUCAUCUGUGCGAUUGCGGCCGUGGAUGCAGUAGACUACAAGACGGCCGAGGAGAAGUACAUCCGGGGGCCUCCGCUGAGCUACCGGGAAAAGGAAAUAUUUGACAACCAGCUCCUGGAAGAGAGGACUCGGCGCCACCGGUGACACGGCCCGGCCAGCCCUUGCGCCGACGGCGGGGGAGGGGCGCCGGCAUCGUGGCCUGGUCUCCGCCCUCGGGAAAGCUCCUCUGAGUCUUCAAGGCGCAGCUCCUGAACGGGCUCUGAGGGCCGGCCUGCGUCCUUGGCCGCUGGGCACCUGUGGCCUCGGUGCGGCUGCUGCUUGGUGUACGGGCACCCUGUUCUGCGUGGCAUUGGGCAUUAAAUCGUUUUUGCACAGCA